GCGUGAAUUAGAAACCUCAAUAAUGGAGUUAGCUCACAGCUUAUUGCUAAAUGAGGAAGCGUUGGCCCAGAUCACUGAGGCAAAGAGGCCAGUGUUCAUCUUUGAGUGGUUGCGCUUUCUUGAUAAAGUCUUGGUUGCUGCCAACAAGACUGAUGUAAAGGAAAAACAGAAAAAACUUGUUGAACAAUUAACUGGAUUGAUAAGCAGCUCACCUGGACCACCCACACGAAAGCUAUUAGCCAAAAAUCUUGCAGCCCUUUAUAGCAUUGGGGAUACUUACACAGUUUUCCAAACGCUAGAUAAAUGCAACGACAUUAUCAGAAAUAAAGAUGAUACCGCAGCCUACUUACCAACCAAAUUGGCUGCAGUAGCUUGCGUGGGAGCAUUUUAUGAGAAGAUGGGGAGGAUGCUAGGCAGUGCAUUUCCAGACACAGUCACUAAUCUGUUGAAGUCUCUGAAAAGCGCAGAGUCUCAAGGGCGAAGUGAAAUCUUAAUGAGUCUACAGAAAGUUCUGAAUGGAUUGGGUGGCGCAGCAGCUUCCUGUCAUCGUGAUAUUUACAAGAACGCCAGGUCCCUAUUAACUGACAGGUCGAUGGCUGUUCGCUGUGCAGUGGCCAAGUGUCUGUUGGAACUACAAAAUGAAGCUGUAUUUAUGUGGACUGCUGAGUUGGAAAAUGUAGCCACUCUCUGCUUUAAGGCUUUGGAAAACUCAAAUUAUGGGGUUCGAGUGGCAGUAUCGAAGCUUUUAGGAACAGUCAUGGCUACAGCGUUAAUGCCAAAACAGGCAACAGUAAUGCGUCAGAAUGUGAAACGAGCAACAUUUGAUGAAGUCUUAGAACUCAUGGCCACAGGAUUUCUACGUGGAGGGUCAGGUUUCCUAAAGAGUGGUGGAGAAAUGCUAAAAGUUGGAGGGUCUGUUAAUCGUGAAGUAAGAGUUGGAGUGACACAGGCGUAUGUUGUUUUUGUGACAACAUUGGGUGGCCAGUGGCUGGAGCGUAGCUUUGCCACAUUCUUGUCCCACGUCCUCGACCUGGUUUCCCAUCCUCGGGCGACACAAACGCACGUGGAGGCUGUGUACUCAAGACGAUGUGUGUCCUUCAUCCUGAGAGCCACUGUGGGCAGUUUGUUGGGUGAGAAAGCCCAGAUAGCAGCUGCCAAGGAGAUCUGCCAAGCUAUUGGAAAGCAGAUGAAAGCAGUGGAGGCGGUAGUGAAUGAUACUAGUAGUGAAAACAAGUCCGGGGCGGCAGACAUUGCAGCGAGCCAGCACGUCAUGGUCUGUGCCCUCCAGGAGCUCGGCAGCCUGGUGCAGAGCCUGAAUGCCACCGCCUCUCCACUUAUCCAGGAAGCAUCCAUAGGACUUCUGGAGAUCGUGACGUCGGUGCUGCUUCACCCAAGCAUGGCUGCUCGGCUGGCUGCCGCGUGGUGUCUGCGCUGUGUGGCCGUGGCGCUCCCUUUCCAGUUGACGCCGUUUCUGGACAGGUGUGCCGAGCGGCUCAACAACUUGAAGACGUCGCCGGAAGCUGUUAGUGGAUACAGCUUUGCGAUGGCCGCCUUGCUGGGUGGCGUUCAUCAGUGUCCCCUGGGCAUCCCUCACGCCAAAGGAAAGAUGGUAGUGAGUAUUGCUGAAGAUCUUUUAAGGACUGCUGCCCAGAAUAGCAGACUGUCUUUACAGCGCACCCAGGCUGGAUGGCUUCUGCUUGGAGCUCUCAUGACUUUAGGACCAUCUGUUGUUCGUUACCAUCUCCCCAAGAUGUUGUUGCUGUGGCGGAACGUGUUCCCUCGUUCUUUAAAGGAACUGGAGGCCGAGAAGGCCCGAGGAGAUUCUUUUACCUGGCAGGUAACUUUGGAAGGUCGUGCUGGAGCUUUAUGUGCCAUGAGGAGUUUUGUUGCUCAUUGUCCUGAGCUCUUAACUGAAGAUGUGAUCAGGAAAUUAAUGACCCCUAUUGAAUGUGCCAUGACUAUGAUGUCACACAUUCCAUCUGUAAUUAAAGCCCAUGGCGCACAUCUGAAAGCUAGUGCUGCAAUGGUCCGCUUACGACUUUACGAUACCUUGGCUUUGCUGCCUCCAAAGACUUAUGAAGGAUCUUUCAAUGCACUUCUUCGAGAGCUGGUAGCAGAAUUCACUUUGACUGACAACUCAGCCAACACAACUACCUCUCUCCUCCGAUCCCUCUGCCAUUACGAUGACAGCGUUCUUCUUGGUUCCUGGCUUCAAGAAACUGAUCAUAAAUCAAUUGAAGACCAGCUCCAGCCAAACAGUGCCUCUGGAAGUGGGGCGCUGGAGCAUGACCCUUCCUCCAUUUAUCUGCGAAUCCCUGCUGGAGAAGCUGUCCCCGGGCCUCUUCCUCUGGGAGUCUCAGUAAUUGAUGCUUCUGUGGCGCUCUUUGGUGUAGUGUUUCCUCAUGUUUCCUAUAAACACCGAUUACAAAUGUUGGAUCAUUUUGCCGAGUGUGUGAAACAAGCCAAAGGUGUCCGCCAACAGGCUGUGCAGCUUAACAUCUUCACUGCCGUUCUCAGUGCCCUGAAGGGCUUAGCUGAAAACAAAAGUACCUUAGGACCUGAGGAAGUUCGUAAAUCUGCUCUGACCCUGGUUAUGGGUGCUCUUGACAACCCAAACCCCAUUUUACGGUGUGCAGCAGGGGAAGCUCUUGGAAGAAUGGCUCAGGUGGUGGGAGAAGCAACUUUUAUUGCUCGAAUGGCCCAAUAUAGCUUUGACAAGUUGAAAUCAGCUCGAGAUGUUGUGUCUAGGACUGGUCACUCAUUGGCCCUUGGUUGUUUGCACCGUUACGUGGGUGGCAUAGGUUCAGGACAACACCUGAAGACUAGCGUCAGCAUUCUCUUGGCUCUAGCCCAAGAUGGGACAUCCCCUGAAGUCCAGACUUGGUCUCUUCAUUCGCUUGCUCUGAUAGUGGAUUCUAGUGGCCCGAUGUAUCGGGGCUAUGUGGAGCCAACAUUGUCCCUAGUCCUCACCUUGCUGUUGACAGUUCCACCUUCACACACAGAAGUUCACCAGUGCUUGGGUAGAUGUUUGGGGGCUAUCAUAACUACUGUUGGCCCAGAACUGCAAGGGAACGGAGCUGCCAUCUCCACUAUCCGCUCCUCCUGUUUGGUGGGUUGUGCGAUCACCCAGGACCACUCGGACUCCCUCGUCCAGGCAGCGGCCAUCUCCUGCCUUCAGCAGCUUCACAUGUUUGCCCCACGGCACGUCAACCUGUCCAGCCUCGUUCCUAGCCUCUGUGUUCACUUGUGUAGUUCCCACCUGCUGCUUCGACGGGCGGCUGUGGCGUGUCUUCGGCAGCUCGCACAGAGAGAAGCGGCCGAAGUGUGUGAAUAUGCCAUGAGCCUUGCGAAAAGUGCGGGGGACAGAGAGAGCAGCGGGGCCAAUGUCAAUCCUUUUGCGCCUGGAGUUAGUUCUCGAAGUGAUAUCCACUGCCGGCACCUGGGUGUUAAUAUAACAGAAACUGGUCUUGAAGGACUCCUGUUUGGAAUGCUAGACCGGGAGACAGACAGAAAAUUGUGUUCUGAUAUUCAUGACACAUUGGGACACAUGCUUUCUUCACUGGCAGUUGAAAAGCUUUCUCAUUGGCUCAUGCUUUGUAAAGAUGUCUUGGCAGCUUCUAGUGAUAUGAGUACUGCCACUCCCUUAAGUAGUGGAAAAGAUGAAGAAUCGGAGAAGAAGGAUGAAAUGGACGACGACACCAUGUUUACUACAUUAGGCGAAGAUGACAAGUCAAAGCCUUUUGUGGCUCCUCGCUGGGCCACGCGUGUGUUUGCUGCUGAGUGCCUGUGUCGAAUCAUCCACUUGUGUGAGAACGCCGACCAGGCGCACUUCCAUCUUGCCAUGGCCCGCUCUGCUAAGCUACGGAACCCUAAAAAUGACCUCUUAGUACUUCAUCUCUCUGACCUGAUUCGCAUGGCAUUCAUGGCUGCGACCGAUCACAGCAACCAGCUGCGGAUGGCUGGGCUCCAGGCACUUGAAGACAUUAUCAAGAAAUUUGCAUCUGUGCCAGAGCCAGAAUUUCCGGGUCAUGUGAUUCUGGAGCAGUAUCAGGCUAAUGUGGGAGCUGCUCUAAGACCAGCCUUUUCACAAGACACACCCUCAGAUAUAAUAGCGAAAGCUUGCCAGGUGUGCAGCACAUGGAUUGGAAGUGGAGUCGUCAGUGACCUCAGUGACCUCCGUCGAGUACAUAACCUACUUGUUUCUUCUCUGGACAAAGUCCAGGCGGGAAAGGGAUCUUCCAGCCAACUGUACCGAGAGAGCGCCACCACCAUGGAAAAGCUGGCGGUUCUCAAAGCGUGGGCAGAGGUAUAUGUGGUUGCUAUGAAUAUUAAAAAGGAAGCAGAGUCCAAACCAAAAAGAGCUGUUAAAAGUACCGAUGAUGACGAUGGCGACUACGGGACCAUAGAUGAACUGCCACCGGAUAGUUUAAUAACACUGGUACAGCCUGAACUGCCCACACUGAGCCGCCUGUGGUUGGCAGCGUUGAAAGACUAUGCACUUUUGACUUUACCCGCUGAAUUCUCCAGUCAGCUCCCCCCAGAUGGUGGGGCGUUUUAUACUCCUGAGACCAUAGAUACGGCUAGACUUCACUAUCGGAAUUCCUGGGCCCCCAUUCUCCAUGCGGUGGCGCUUUGGUUAAACAGCACAGGAUUCACGUGUCCCGAGUCUACAGAAACGGCUGCUGUACAGAAGCGCGCCACAGCUGUCAGCUGUAACCAGGCAUCGGGAGCAACUGCCAGCGCUAAACCAUUACCAGAAAUCAACAGAGACAGGAUGCAUCUGAUUUUAGGCGUGAGCAUACAGUUUCUUUGUUCCCCGAGACCCGAGGAGCCAAUGGAGCACGUUACAGCAUGCCUGCAGGCCUUACAUACCCUGCUCGACUCGCCCUACGCACGAAGCCAUAUUGCAGAAGAUCAGCUGAUUGGUGUUGAGUUGCUGAGUGUCUUGCACCGCCUCCUUCUGACCUGGAACCCACCAUCCAUCCAGCUGUUGGUUACUGGAGUUGUCCAGCAGAUCGUCAGAGCUGCUCAGGAUUAUUUACAGGAGCAAAGAAACACGCUAAAUGAAGAGGAUGUGGAAAAAGAGUCCUGUCCUGUAUUAGGAGAAGGUGGUGACAGCGGUGGCCUCAUCCCUGGAAAGUCUCUUGUGUUUGCAACUAUGGAGCUGUUGAUGUUCAUUUUAGUACGGCAUAUGCCACAGCUGAGCACCAAGAUGUCAGACUCCCCAAGUCACAGUGCCACCAAAGCUCUCCUGUCAGAAGAAAGUGCCCGCUUGGUGGCAGCCACAGUUACCAUCCUCUCUGACCUGCCGUCCCUCUGCUCGACCGCUGGAUGUAUGACAAUCCUGCCCACAAUUCUGUUCUUAAUCGCACGGGUGCUGAGAGACACGGCGGUGAAGUCUGCAGAUAACCAGGUUCCCCCGCCAGUCAGUGCAGCUCUGCAGGCCAUUAAAAGCAUUGUGACCCUUUCCAUGGCCAAGACCGAGGAGACUCAGAAGCAGUGGACGGCUCUAAUUCGUAGCACUCUUGCCUGCAUCCUGGAAUAUUCACAACCAGAAGGAUGUCUCUCAGUGCCUGAUGAAGUGAGCAUGCUGACGGCGAUUGCACUCUUCCUGUGGUCAGCUAGUAGUGAGAUCAUAGGAGUCCAGUCACUGCAGAAUGGCUGCCUGAACAGAUUUAAAAGCGCUUUACAUUCAUGUGACCCAUGGGUUCAAGCUAAGUGUUACCAGCUUCUCCUCUCAGUCUUCCAGCACUCCAACCGUGCCCUUUCAACGCCCUAUAUCCGUUCAUUAGCCCCAAUUGUGGUUGAAAAGCUCAAGGCUGUGGGAAGAAGCAGGCCAGCCAGCAGCACUGAACUUUUGGCUGUUCAAGAAGGAAUUAAAGUUCUUGAAACACUCGUUGCUCUUGGUGAAGAAAAGAACAGAGUCCAGCUACUGGCUCUCCUAGUUCCCACUUUGAUCUCCUACCUGCUGGAUGAAAAUUCUUUUGCCUCAGCAAGUUCGGCUUCCAGAGAUCUUCAUGAGUUUGCACUCCAGAACUUAAUGCAUAUCGGACCUCUGUAUCCACACGCUUUCAAGACGGUGAUGGGGGCCGCCCCCGAGCUGAAAGUGCGUCUAGAAACUGCCGUUCGAGCAAGUCAGGCCAGCAAAGCUAAAGCAGCCGCCCGGCAGCCAGCCCCAGCCACCCACUCGGCACCAACGAUUAAGCUCAAGACAAGCUUCUUUUAGUCAUCCUUCUGUUCAUUUUAUUUACAUUCCAUCUUGUUAGCGAUAGCCCUUCGGCCAUUCCAGGCUGUCGGUUUGUUUUAUUUGUGUAUUGGUACUACGGCGCUUCCAGGCCCGUUGUGAAAUGACGCUCAUGCCUUUCGCUGAUUGCUAAGGAGUGGUUCUCUAAAAUCACGUGGUGAAUGUAUUUCCAUUUUCUCCUAAUGAUGUUUCACUUUUGUUGAUUGUUCAUGGUUGCUGUUUUUGUUUCUGAUCCUAGGGGUUGGGCCCAAGCAUGUGCCCUGUACUGAGCUACACUGUUGGUUAAUUUAUUUUGUAAACACUGAGCCAUGGUCUUUUAAAUUUAAAUUCUAAAACAUAAAUAUAUCAUGUAGUUGGACAGUCUAUUGAUAUUAUCAGGGAAAAUGGGUCAAAAUUUAGCAUUUGAGCCAGGCGUGAUGGCACAUGCCUUUAAUCCCUGUACUUGGGAGGCAGAGGUAGGGGGAUCACCAUGAGUUCGAGACUGAGACUACAUAGUGAGUUUCAGGGUAGCCUGAGCUAGAAUGAGACCCUACCUUGAAAAACCAGGAAAAAAAAAUUGUCAUGAAAAAAUGAAUUGAUUUUUAAAAAGCAGAUUAUAAAAUUUGAAGUGACCCAAAUGAUAGAAAAUCUGGUAUAUAUACUGUAAAUUCACACUUUCUAGCCAUUUCCCAAAAAAUAUCUCUGUCUUUUUGAUGAAUCUUUACCUUCAUACUAAAUCAGUGGUUACGCUUAUGUAUAUUUUGGUUGUUAAUUAAAGUUUACAGAUCCACUGAAGUGC